CACAUCGUGGCGUGACAUCCGGUUGUUAGCAUGUAGUUGACCCCGGGAGUGACAGCUAUCAAUUUAACUAGCAACAAGUGUUUAUGAUAUUUCACUUCGACUGAAAAUUUAUUCAGACCAUUUAAGAAAGACGAUGACUUGGUUUGUUCUUCCAUUUUCGGAUGUUCUGGCGCUGCCGACACUUGUUAGCAUUAGCUUGUUAGCAGCCAUAGGUGCCGCGGAUGUGCACUGACAUUUCAUCCAAUUUAAAAAGCAGCUUACCAGUACAAGGAGAUGUACCUGGUAGGACUGACAGGCGGUAUCGCCUCAGGGAAAAGCACGGUGUCGUCCAUGCUGAGGGACCUCGGGUGCCCCAUCAUUGAUGCUGAUGUUGUGGCGAGGAAAGUCGUGGAGCCGCACACAGCCGCCCACUCGCGCAUCGUUUUCCACUUCGGGCCCGAGGUCUUGCUGGAGAGUGGCGAGAUCGACCGGAAGAAGCUCGGGCGUCUCAUCUUUGCUGACGAGGGGAAGAGGAAGCUGCUCAACUCUAUCACCCACCCAGAGAUCCAUAAAGAGAUGCUCAAACAGAUUUUGUUUUACUUCCUCAGAGUUUGUGCCAAUGUUCCGUUGCCUAGGUUACCGCUACGUGGUGCUGGACGUGCCACUUCUCUUUGAAACCAGAAAGCUGACGCAGUUUCUCAACCACACUGUUGUAGUUUACUGUGACCCGCCCACUCAGCUGUCGCGCCUCAUGCAGAGGGACGGUCUGACCCAGGAGGAGGCCGAGCAACGCCUGGCCGCCCAGAUGCCGCUCAACGAGAAGCGUGGCCUCGCCAGUCACGUCGUCGAGAACUCAGGCACGCGUGAGGACACCCACCGCCAGGUCCUGCGUCUCCACACCAAGCUGGAGGACUCCAUGGACUUCCUCCUGGUCAGGGUGCUGGCAGUUGCCGCCACAGCCGGUCUUGGCGGCAUCCUGCUGUACACCGCCAAGCUGCUGUUGUCCUAACAGAGGUCGGAGGAUGAGGAUGUGUUGUGAACACCAGGCAGUCAUGUGACGCUGUGAGGUUAGUCACAUGGGAACCUGGUUUGGUGCUGGUAACUGCAGCCAUGUUUUCACUAGGAUUUAGCAGGAUUUCUUACAAACAAUGCACUUUAAUUGUAGUUAACUGACUUUUUUUAUCUUGUUAAAUUAAUAUGCUGGAAAUUCUAUACUUGCUGUGUAAUGAAAACUAAUUAUCUGCACAUUUUUCCUUUUUUUUUUUAUUUUAUUUUAUCUGAAAAAGUCACAAAUGAAAUACCUACAAAAAAAUGUGGCGACACCGGCUCAUAAUUUACGCUCAAAAAUGAAGUAAAAUGUUCAAGUUAACGCAAGUUGGAUUUUAGAACAGUUCCAUGGCGAUAUUUGAACAUUUUGAGUAGUCCGACUCGAAGUAUAGGUUAAUCACCACUAUUAAUUAAACAUAAUGAAGGAUCGAAUUUGAACAUUGAAUGUCUUUUUUUUACACACACAAAUGAUUUAUGUACGUAUAUUAACCGACCAUGAUAGCGAUUUGACAAAGUUUAGCUCCAAAAAUUAGCAAUCAUCGAAUCUGUAGUUCUGUGACGGGUGGCAACCAGUCCAACGUGUACCCUUGCUUGUCAUCUGAAGUCUGCAGUUGGAUAUGACGUUGUGGAAAAAAGUUCCCCUCGUCUUGUGUGGAAGUGGUAAAUUUGAAAAAAGUGGUAAAGCUAGAAGUAUUGUACGGAGUGGAGUGUACGUCUAUGUAAGGCAGACUUAGACUGGCUGUCUUGUAUAUGUGACAAAUGUCAUUGUGAAGAUGGAUAUUUUUUUAAUACCAUGCGUUGGAGUUACAACAAUGAGCUUUCCCAAGGCUAACACUAAGUUAUUACGUAUUUACCUGUACCUGUGUUUAUAAGACAAUGACAGCCAUGAACAUCUUUUCGGCGUAAAUUGAAGUACCCGACGAUUUUUAUGCCGUUUAAUUUGUAGUUGUGUAACAUAUAUUCAUUUGUUUUGGUUUUAAACCACUGUUUGUUAAAUAAGCUAGCCGGUGAUGGCGGUUUUUUUGUGUUUUUUUUAAUGAUUUUUGGUAACUAUAACCUUAUACAGUGCAUUGUUUUGUGUAAGAUUUCCUCUUAAAUUCUCACGAGAACACCUGAACGCAUUAUUAGCACAUGUUGCACCGGCAGAUGAUAAUUUAAAAUUUAUCCAUGUGCAAUUUUCAUCAGUUUCGCUCUUAUGAAGGCUCAGAUGGAUGAUAAAUAGAUUUAAUAUAUACUUUUUAUAACACCAUUCUUUGUAGCAAGAGUGUAUGUUUAAUAACCGUAUAAUUACAUGAUUAUUAUAAGGAGUGUAUGUGACAAUCCAGUUUUAACUGCAAGGUAUUUUCUUAUUUUCUCAAGCUUCCUGUACAUACAGUUUCUCGAUUUUCUCCACAGUCAUCAACACUCUUUGUAAAGACUACAAAGUUUGACAUAAACGACAUAAACACUGACGUGUUAACGAUAAACUGUUACAUCUUCAUCCUGAGUUAUUGUUACCGUAUAGCGAAAUGUGAAACAAACAAAGGUGCACUGCAUUCGGGCACAUGCGCCGAGCAGCCGGUGGGACACUAUGGUCGCCACAUGGCGUUUUAGGUGGAUGUGCUUGUGGGUUUUUUUUUUUAUUGGGCAUCGAAGCUAUUCUUAAUUUAGUCAGUAUGACAUCAUAAUUCCCUCAUAUCACCUCAAUAAUUAUUGUGCACACCCAGUAAAAAAUAGAAAAAAAUAUAUAUUCAGGUAAAUAUCAAGGAAAUACAAUGUGAUUUAUUGAUAUUUCACAUAUUGGGAUUUACACCAGUGUAAAAAAAAAAUCUAUUUUUUAAUUUUGUCACACUUCAAAUGUUUCCGAUCAUCAAACAAAUUUAAAUAUUAGUCAAUAACAAUACAAAUGAACAUCAAAUGCAGUUUUUAAAUGAAACUUUUUAUUAUUUAUAAAGAUCCAAACCUAGAGAACAUGUGUGAAAAAGUAAUUGCGCCCUAACCCUAAUAACUGGUUGGGUCACCCUGAGUAGCAAAAACUGCAGAAGUUAAGCUAUUGUCUCAUCAGACCACGGCCGGCCACUCCUGGUGUGUUUCAGCACUGUUUCACUGGCUCUCACUGUGGUUGGUUAGAGUCCCAAAGCUUUAAAAGUGACUUUAUAACCUUUUCAGAACUGAUAGUUUUUCCUUUUAUAAUAAAAACUUGAACAGCUCAGUUCAGGACCAACAUUUGAGAACGUAGAUAUAAGUACUUUAUCAAUCCAGGAAGGGAUCUUGGACUACCAGGUUGCUUCCUGAAAACCCCAUCAAAACAGGACUUUGAACACAUUCAAACCGACAACAAUGAAAGCAUCACCCUGGCACCCACAUCCCACAAAUCCAUGAAUGCCACUUGGCUCAGUCUGAAGCACCCUCCAAACCCGCCAUGCUUGAAAGUCUGGUCACCGUUGCCUCAUUCCGAGCAGGCAUAUCCCCCGGGCAUCCAUCUUUCCCGGUGUGUCUUUUCCCCAGUUUGUCUCAGAAGCACAAGAGUCCACACUUGGGGGCGGACUUUAUCUAAACCAAGCAAGUGUGAACGCUCCCUGGAGGCAAAGAAGGCGACUGAAGGCUCCUUCGGAAUACUAAUCACCUCCACUUUAAAUUAUGAAGACGUCAAAGCAAAAAAGGUGAAAGUCCUAAACUGAAUUCUGGCACCAGUCGUGCCACCUUUUUGUGGCCCCCUUUCCCGGGAGAAAAAGCAAAUCAAGACUUCUGUAACCUCACAAUUGCUUUCAGAGACAGCACUCUGUUGAAAGUGUCUUCUCCUCUGAGCUGGUAGGCAUCACCGUCCGCCACCCGCCCCCUACCAUAAGAGGCAAGGUGAAAACCCGUCCCAGACACCCGCAGGUGAUCAUCUUGUUUACCAGACCGCUUGUUAUUUUCCUCUAUCACCACAAUGGAAAAACAUGUCACCCUCGAGGGUUCUACAAGCUCAUUAUUCCUCAAGGAGCUACAAACAUAUUCUACACGUCAUUUUAAUGAAUUAUUAGGAAAUACUGUCAAGAAUUUAAACCAUAAAUUCAUUCAUUCAUUCAUUUUCUACCGCUUAUCCUCACGAUGGUCACAGGGGGUGCUGGAGCCUAUCCCAGCUGUCUUCUUCAGGCGAGAGGCGGGGUCCACCCAGGACUGGUGGCCAGCCAAUCACAGGGCACAUAUAGACAAACAACCAUUCACACUCACAUUCAUACCUAUGGACAAUUUGGAGUCGCUAAUUAGCCUAGCAUGUUUUUGGAAUGUGUGAGGAAACCUACACAAUAAUACCUGCCAAGGGUAUUAACCCACGCCAAGCUAAAACUCUUAACUAUUUUAUUACUAUACUGGGUAAUACAAGUGUAAAAGUGACUAUAGGGGUGCUAUUUCAUGUCUGGGGGGGCUCUAGUAAUGUUAAAAAAAAAUAGGUAAACAAGUUUUCAUUCGUUCAUUUUCUACCGCUUAUCCUCACGAUGGUCGCAGUGGGUGCUGGAGCCUAUCCCAGCUGUCUUCUUCAGGCGAGAGGCGGGGUACACCCUGGACUGGUGGCCAGCCAAUCACAGGGCACAUAUAGACAAACAACCAUUCACACUCACAUUCAUACCUAUGGACAAUUUGGAGUCGCUAAUUAGCCUAGCAUGUUUUUGGAAUGUGGGAGGAAACCUACACAGAAAUAACCGAGGGUGGAAUUGAACUCGUCUAAACUGUAUAUUAAUGAAUAAAUAAUAAAAGUUAUAGUAAUGUUUCAAAUUGGUUAUAUUUUCUGUGAAAAAAAAAACAUUUGAUGUUCCAUCUUGUUACAAAAUAGGGAUGUAAAUCUUUGUGAGACAAUCUGAUUCGAAUCUAGAUACAUGAUACGAUAUAUGAUUCGAAAAUUAUACGUAUAUAUUUAAAAAAAAAAAUAUAUAUAUACGUAUAUAUAAACAAUUUAAUGCAGUGUACAA